UCUGUUUUCAAGAUGGGGGAAGUAUCCUUCAAGUAUACUCAUUUGUAAUCACAAAUUGGGUUUGUUAAUUGAAGUUCUUGAGGUUUAACAGUGAAACUAAAGUUUUGAAGACAUCAUUCAAGUAAUAGUGGUAAUGAAGAUUGGAAGGAAGUUGGGUUUGAUACAUUUUGAAGAUGUUCCAAGUCUUGAAGAGUUUCAAGUCAUCUUUAAACUGACACUUGCAAGGUUAGCAGGCAGGUGCUUGCAUUUUUGUGCUUAUGAUGACCCUCCAUGUCAGCAGGGGGUUAUUUUGAAAACAAAGGAUACUGGUAUGAAUGGUACCAUUAGAUUUUUUUCUGUUGCCUUGUGUUGACAAGUCUUUCAUAAUUCUGCAUGCAGGGAACCUCGAGGUUUCGGUUUUGUGCAGUAUGUUGAUCCUCAAGAUGCUACAGAGGCCAAAUAUGGGAUGGAUGGUCAGGUUCUUCUUGGCAGGGAGUUGACUGUUGUCUUUGCAGAGGAGAACAGGAAGAAACCAGUUGAAAUGAGGCAAAGGGAGAGAACGAGGGGUGGUCGUUUUCGUGAUCGAAGAAGGUCUCCUCCUCGCUACUACUCUCGUUCGCCCGGAUAUUCUCGUUCUCCACCUCCACGGCGUGGGAGAUCUAGGUCAAGAAGUCGCGAGUACUACUCCCCUCCUAGGAGGAGUUAUCACUCAAGAUCAAUUUCCCCACAAGAGCAAAGGUAUAGUCGAGAGAGAUCAUAUUCACGUUCUCCCCCACCAUAUAAUGGGUCAAGAAGCCGCAGCCGAACUCCAGAUAGGGGCCCAAUCCGCAGCAGAAGCCAAAGCCCAAGGCGAAGCCGAAGCAGGAGCCAGAGCCCGAGGCAUAUCCGAAGCCCAAGCAGAAGCAGAAGCCAGAGCCUGCAUCGUGAGGAUUAUCCUAGGGAUCUCAAUGGAGAAAGGUCUCCCAGUCACUGAAUGAUAUGCCACCAUUCUUGGUCUGUAGUCUUAAUGUCUCUGAAGAUACUGUAUUGUCUGGGUGGAUUUUGCAGCGGCAGCAGGGGGUCAAUGUUUGUAUUAAACUUUAUUAGGAUGCUUUCGGGGGUAUUGCAGUAGGAACCCUAACCGUAUCUGAAGAUUUCAAGUUAAUUCUUCCCAUGGCAUUGCUUUAUCUGACAUUAAAGUCUAUUGAUUUAGAUUUACAGACUGCGUUAGUGCUAUAUUUUUUGUGUGGGAUUGAGUUAGUUGUGUAGUAAUAUAUGAACUCAGAGUCUGUUCCACAGGAUUUGAGGGUUUAGGACGCUUUCUCGUAUGUGACAGAGGAAGGUGCUAAAAGGAUCGACUUUUGACAUUUGAGAUCCACUGCAUUUGCACUUUACAACUAAGCUGUGCUUUAGUGCUUAGUCUUUCCAACGCGGUUUUCAUCAGUCAA